UGAAAAUUUUAAAUUGUGUAAGAAUAAAACAGCGAUAAAAAAACCUAUUCUAAUUUAUAACAAUAGUUACGCAAGAGGGGAAUGUCAGUCUACGCAGCUUCGAGUGUCGGACGGGCCAGAGUCAGCCUCCGGAACCCGAGGGAUCUCCCGGGCCGCGGGACGACGUUCCUUCACAUAUAAAAUCUCGGAUCUGUAUCGAAAAUUCACUAAAUACUGACAAAAAAGCCGGAAAAUAAUUAUAGCCAACAAUGCCCGUGUCGAUAAAAAUAUUUGCCGCGCAUUUUUCGAGCUGUCAAUUUUAAAUUUGGAUUUAUAACCUCGUUAAGUGAGAAUGGCCAGUGCAUGAAUGAAGUCGUUUUCCAGCCAGUGUGGUUUUGAUUCAGCCUCCUUGAUCAGAUUAUAAAUAUUUGGUGACGUUUCGUGUUAAAUCGGACAUUGAGUGAUCUGUGGCUGUGGACCUGGGAAAUUAUGCGAGCUGACGGCGGGCGGCGGAGCUCAAUGGAAUGUCGCGACCCACUCACAAUGAACUGAACCUAACAUGAAGGCUUAGACAAAGGAACAAUGACUAACGUGAAGUUGAAGCUGAUGUUCUUUCUGCUGAACUCACUCCUGGCCGCAGACAUAGUGCAGGCGCGGCCAUACCCUGAUGGAAACAACACAGACAUCAUCAUAAAAUUCUCCAACAACAAUAACACUUUUAACAUCCCUGUAGAUCCAGAUUCAGAUACGUUAGUAGUAGCAACAGAUGACGAGAACGCAGAAGCUGAGCACGCAGCUAAUAAGGAAGCAGCUGAUAACAUGGAAACCCUUGUCAACGGGGAGCAAGAUAGAGACGAAACCAUGUCAGAAAUGAAAUACAAAGCAGCCGUAGAAAAAGAUUCCGCAGCAGUAGAGAAGCGUCGAAACAUAUCAAACCCGAGUCUGCACGAGAUGAUAAAUUCCGAGACUAAUCGCGAAGAUUCAAUUACCGAUCUGAUGUUCAGGCCAGAGUCGGAGUUUGUUGAGGAUCUGCCUCGUUUCGAGUUCUUAAUCGCUGCGAAGAUUAACGAGAGUGACGUGAACCGGACCGCUCAUGUGAAGGAUGAGAGGAACAGCAGUGAUGUGUUGAGGAAGGUGGACUAUGUCGAGCUGGUGGAGGUGGGCAGGCCGAUGGGAGGGGAGAACAAGAGCGCGUAUUUGGCCAACAUCACUGGACACGAGGUGGACAACGACCUGGCUCCUGAUACAAUCUUGUCCGUGUUCUCAGGGUUCACGGACGUGCAGACUCUGUUCCUGGCCUGCUUCGGGACGCUGCUGCCGCUGCUGGCGGUGCUCUUCGCUACGCUUCUCAUCAGGUGCCUAUGCCGCCGGUACUGCCCCUCGUUCUGCAAGAAGCCGCCCAGCUCCUCGGUCUCCGACAGCAGCGAGAAGCAGGAUGCCAACCAGCUGAAAUCCCCUACCGAGGAGAGCCAGGGCGACGGAGAGGCUCCACCGGCCAACGGCUCCAUCUUCACCAUGACCCUCAAGAACAACCACCUCAUCGUCGAGACGGAGGAGAGGAAUGACAUAGCGAAAAAUGGACGUGAAACGAAGAUGAAGUAUUCACCAGACAACGACGGCAUUUUCGUCGUGGAAGUCCAGCAGUCGACAGCCUACCGCCCCACCAACAAGAACCUUCAGAAUUCGCCGCCUCAUGAUCCUCAAAUCUCAACCAACCAAGCACUCAUCCACAGAGUUCCCGAGGAACUAGAUAAGAAAAACAUAGAAGAAGACAGCGAAAGAAGCAGCGGGAAAUUUGAAAACCCCAAAGCGUUAGCGCUGUCCAGCACAGGUCUCUCCAUAUCAGACCUCAGCAUGUCCUCCAUUGGGUCCCAUAACGUAAGUUACUCUUACGGGAGCCAAAUGGGAUAUGAACAAGGACCUUUCGGGUAUCCUGUGUAUGCUGGGUACGAUACCAAGGAAGACGCUGUUGAUGGUGGGAUAGUAUGCGACAACUCCCAGGAACCGUUGAUUAGCAAAACCCCAACUGACCCUGACAAACCAGUUGUAACUGCUGCGAUAUUCAAGCAAGAUUCUAUCAUUGGCAACGAUGCGCUGCAAGGUCCUGGCUACUGCCUCGAAGGCUCCACAGACGGUCCUUUGCUGUCAGACGUACAAGCCAGGGAAUACAGCCUCCAACAUUUACACGAUCAGAAAGAGAAGAAACUGGAAAAUGGGGUGGCUGUUUUAAUAUCAGGAAAGAUUGACAGCCCCAAAAAGGUUUUGAAUCGAGCUGAUAGUUUACCAGUACGGUUAGAAGAAGAUAACAUUCCUGACCCUAUCAUUGAGAAAAAUAGUGGUAUGGAGACGAUAAAAGAAGAUGAUUUUCCCAGAGAGAUGAGUAAAGGAAAAAGAGCAUCGCUCCCAUUAAUCAGGACAGAUGUAUAUGAAACGGUGAAAGAUGCUAUUCUACCUUCUGGUUCCCCUAAGUUUGAGAAGCUGAUGAAUGAAACGUCUCCUAGAGAAAGUUCUUUCGAAGCACCCCCAAUGAUUACGAUCACCGAAGAGAACGAGUCUGGGAAAUCAGACUCGACUAGUUAAUUUUUAGACAGGUCGAUGUUAUCGAGUGUCAAAUGUACAUAGAUAAGAUGAAAUGUGAUGUGGACAUGGGUAUUUUUGAUGGAAUGGUGAGAUCAGGUUCCAAUGUGAGUGAAAAAAUAUCACAUUAAUCCGACUUGUUCAUAGUUGUGCAAACUUUUGUAUUGAUGGUGGUGUAUUUGUUAUAUCUUGAAUGAAUUUAUUAAACCAUGUUUUUCGUGAAGGUUGUGGAAAUUGUUUAGCUGUCUCACAUUGGAUACCUAGCUAGGUUCAGUGCUAGAGGUAAUUUUGUAAAGUUUCCUAGAGCUAGUUAAUUAAAUGUAAGCUUCUAUCAGGGCUGUUCCGUUGUCUCCAUUGCGUUCGAGUUUCACGUUGCUGUUGUUCAGGUUUCUAGUGUCUAUAGACGUGGACCACUCAGCCUCAGAUCAAAGUGUACAUUUUUGAUAAUUAAACUACAAGUCGGUCCUCCUAGUGGGGGUCUGUCCACACUACGUCUUCCAGCCCGUGGUCGCCACUCGAGAACUUUUCUGUCCCAGCAGCUAUCAGCUCUAAGAGCUAUGUGCCCCGCCCACUGCCCCUUGAUUUACUGGUGGUGGUUUGAAGUACGUAGUAUAUGGGCAGUGCAGGACUGAUCGUUAUGGAAAUCCUUGGGGGAGGCCUUUGUCUAGCAGUGGACGUUAUUAGGCUGAAACGAAUGUAGUAAAAGUAACUUCGAAUCCCAAAUCUUUCAAAAAUUACAGGCUGUGUGGUCCAAGUUCAUCGUUGAUCGUGUCAUCAUUGUUUGUCGCUCAGUAGUGGUAUCUUUAACGUACUUAUAGAUUAGGGUCUUCAAACUGACGGUUAUGAUAUUACGAACGAAAACUUUAUGGUCUUAUGAAAUAAUUUAUUUAAUCAAAAAUGUACGGAAUUAUAUUUUGUUACUUUAGCUAGCUAUCUAUAAAAUAUCUUAUUAAUUUUAGUAAACGGAUGCUACAAUUAUUAAAAAGUAAUUAUUGUGUAAUUUAGAUAGUAAAUCGUUUAUUAUUUCAGUAUUGUACCAGUGUUUAUUAUUAUUUAUUCUAAAUAUUUACACCCUGUAUAGUUAAGUAACACUUACUAAGUACAGGGUGUACAAGAUUGUAAAUAGAGGAAUCAUCAGCUGGUGGGCGAAAUAACAUGUAGCUUAAGUAAGUACAAUCACUAAGGCGAUGAUCACACUGCACCGCGCUCCGCCGCGGUACGCGAGACGACGGAUUUAAUCAUUAUAUGCAAGUACCUCAGUUUGUAUAGAAAACACGCGCGGCACAACACACUGAGAACGCGUUUGCGCGCGGGAUUCGUUAUAUGUGGCCACGCGGACCGCGGCGGAGCGCGGUGCAGUGUGAUAAUCGCCUAAACACAGCUUGACAAUUAUACCUACAGAGAAAAAAGAUAUAUUUGGUGACUCACUAUGUCAAAAUCUAAAGAUCUCGUAGCCACUUCGAGAAAGCUACGGUCAUGGCAGCUAUGACAUGGUAGGCCAGAGUCCGUAAAUAUCAGCCACUAAUAUUUUAUUUGGAUCAAUACAUACUUUUUAUGCAAAAGAC